AUGCCCCGCAAAGAUUUCCAGAGAGAUCUUGCACAAGCCUCGGUGCCUGGCCUAUUCGCACAUCUGAAUGACGUCCGACCGGGCGAUGAAGAUGGUUCGAUAUACUUUACUUAUAGCCUACCGUUCAGCGCCCAGAAGGUCGAUUUGCAAGUCUCAGUGCUAGAUACCUCAGAAUAUCCGAAAAAUCACACGUACUUUGCCUUCGCAGCGACAGAUACCAUUCCAGAAGCGGUGUCAACUGCCCUGGAGCGCUUCCAGCCUUCUGAUAUCUGCUCAAGCGUUCAGGGUUUCCUAGAGAACAUUAGCAGCUGCCUUGACGACGCCGUUCUUGGUCUACCUUCCACGACGGACCUUGAAGACGAUGUGGAUAUCCCGUCACCUCUCCUGUCUGAUGAUGGAAUGGACUGGGAAUCAGAAGGUGACGACCUAUACGGCCCUGUCAAAGACCACCUGGCUAUGCUGGCAGAAAUGCGGGUCGAUCUGCGUGCUGUCAAAGCUGCCGGCUACAAAGUUGGCCAUCUAGGCCACCUAUCAGAGGCUGUUAUUUUAGCAGUUUCCUGUCGAAUCGGCAAACUUGGCAUUUCCUACGAAGCUAUGAAAGCAUGGGAUAUUCGUCCCUCGGAGUACCUAGUGCUACUCAUUCGCUACCCCCAAGGGUAUACCCACUUUGACAGCAUCAUUUCGAAAGUGAAGUCAGGGGUCAACCCCCCGUUUCAGAUGCAUGUGGGUGUGUGUGAUUCCUACAAGCCAAGCCUUGACUGCGCCUGGAUGAUUUUUGAUAGUACGGCCCAAAAUAUAGCAACUGUAGACACUGCCCACAGAUCGGCAGGGCCGGAACUCAGACCUCUAUUUAUCAGCAAAUCACUUUGCUCCCUACUCAAUAACCAUUUCGCCCAACUCCUGGUAUACCGCCUCGAGCACGGUUAUUCAUGGACAGGGGCGGAGCUAUACCUCAACACUAAUCAAGGCAAGAUUUCAGAUGCGCAAGAGUCCCAGGAGCCAGCUUACCUGGUACCCGACAACUGGGAUCCUUCCGCACCGGCGUUUCUCCAAGCUGAUCAUUUCUUUGAUGCAGGCAUGAUCUCCUCUCGGCUAUCAUUUCCCCCGCUUGCAAUGCAGUUUACUCUGCGUCGCCUAGUGAAGUGUGUGGAGUUCUGCCUCAACUGUUACUGCAAGAUCGAAAGUGGCUUUGAGGCGCUGAAGCCGUAUGUUUGCUCAAAGGGACUAUGUCUGUACCAGUAUAUGAGACUGGGCAUGGGCCCGAGCCUUGAGUGGGAGAUUUUAUCACAACCUUACGUAGUCGACAUGCUCAUUAGCUUUGCCUACGCAAGAGCGAGUUCGGGGCAGCUCACUGAUUUCCCCAGUGGGCUCGGACUCCAGGUCCCCAGCAUCGGGACUGGUAAGGAAAAGGCAAAGGCUUAUCCGGCUAAAUUAAAUACAACUCGGAUGGAACUUCAGGUGACAGGGCCAAUGAGUCUCAAACCUGGCGAUUGGAUACUUUUCACCGAGCGUACAAAGACUGGCGAAAUAUCAGGUCACGCUCAGUGGCACUGUCGGGUUAUGAGCAACGUCUUCUCUCCAUUCUACCAGAUUUCAACCCCAAUAGGGAGUCCUAAUGCCAACCCAUUGAUAGGAUCACCAGAAGUGCAAUUCACGGUGUACAACACGGAUUUUGACAACCUGGAUGAUAAACAAAAAAGGGCUACUAUCCUAAUGCUUCUAGACACCCUCCCAAAUGUAGACUGCAUGCGCUCAUACAUGACCAGUCAGUGGGCUGGCAGGUCUGAGAGGUCCCUCUCAACGUGGACUGAGAAAAUCUCCUCGGCUGCGCUGUAUGUACUUCGGUGGAUUGUUGCAUCGAACCGGUCGUGCAUUAUGUAUGACGAGAAUCCCGAACACCAGGUGGCGGGAGUCGGUGGGUACAUGCAGUUUAGGUUGGCUCAGGGGGCCCCAGAUAAAGAGCAGCGUUUUGUUCAAGCCGUCAAGUCCACGUCUUCCCGACUUAAACUCCAAUAUCCCACUCUCUUUGCUUGGCAUGGUAGUGCACUGCAUAAUUGGCAUAGCAUUUUGCGAGAAGGCCUGCACUUCAAGUAUGUCGCACAUGGUCGUGCAUGUGGGGACGGUGUGUAUAUGUCAAACCAUUUCAAUACUUCGAUGAGCUAUACUAGUGCAUACAGCAACCAUAAGAUAUGGCCUAACAGCCAACUGGCAAUCCAUUCAGCCAUCUCGCUGAACGAGGUAGUUAAUGCACCAGCAGAAUUUGUGACGGCCUCGACAUGUUAUGUCGUUAAACAGCUUGAAUGGAUUCAACCAAGGUACCUUUUUAUUCAAUGCAAAGACCCCAAGGUGAAGCAGGCAAACGUCAAGCCCUCGUCAAUUUAUCACCAAGAUCCGAGAUAUGUAGCUUAUGGACCAAGCCAAAAACCCAUUGUUAUUCCACUGUCAGCCCUGAGCAGUCGUGGAGGGCAGAACCCUGAAAUGGGCACUGCAAGCAAAUCCCACAAGCAGCAAACCAACAGAAAAAGCAAAUCCAUCUGUACGUCUGACGACGGUGGCGACAACGAUGCCAACAGCAUUACGACACUGGCGGAGGAUGAUAUGCUGCUUAACUCAGACGGUGAGGAUGGAGACCUAAGAUGUUUGGACGCAAAAGGAAUCGGAGGGCAUGCGCGUACGGACUACUUGACCCAAACUGACUAUCGUCCUGGGAAGUUGCAAGAGUCAUCACUAAAGCUUCUUGGGCCUCCGCAAUACGCCACAACACAGGCUACAAAGGCCCUUCAACAGCAUCUCCGGGCAACCUUGAAAGUCCAGAACAACGCGCCACUGCAUGAACUUGGAUGGUAUAUUGACCCGAAUCUGAUCAGCAAUAUCUACCAAUGGAUUGUCGAGAUGCAUAGCUUUGAUUCGGACUCCCCAUUAGCCUGGGACCUUAAAAAGGCCAAAAUGACAAGCGUUGUGCUCGAGAUCCGUUUCCCUCCCCAAUUCCCCAUGUCUCCCCCCUUUGUGCGGGUUAUUCGUCCUCGAUUUGUCCUGUUCAGCAACGGAGGUGGCGGGCAUAUUACCGCCGGGGGAGCGGUCUGCAUGGAAUUGCUCACCAACUCGGGCUGGUCACCGGUAACCAGCAUUGAGAGAGUCUUGCUGCAGGUUCGGAUAGCCAUCACGAGCACAGAUCCACGGCCAGCACGACUCGAGCGAUCUCAGAAAACCGAUUAUUCCGUGGGGGAGGCUGUAGAUGCCUACGUGAGAGUUUGUCAGUUCCAUGGCUGGCAAGUUCCUGCAGAUCUUUGCCAAGUUUCGUGGAGCUAG